AUGAACCACCAAAAAGAACCUCAAAGGAAUCUAGACGAAAAAGUACUAUCAAAAUCACCAAAAGAAUCCAGAGAAAAGUCCCAAGAACGCCAAAUUGCUAAAAGAACUUCAAAAGAAUCGCUGGAAAAGCUCAAAGAAUCCAAUAAGCACCAAAUCGCCGGAAACCCGUCGGAAGAGGCUAAAGAAUUCAAAAAAGUCGGAAGUACCUCAAAAAAAUCUAGAGAGAAAAGUACCAAGAACCGCCGGAAGAGCUUAAAGAAUCAAAAAGCACCAAAUCGCCGGAAGUUACUUCAAAAAGAAUCCAGAAAAGUCCAAGAACCUCCGGAAGAGCCCAAAGAAUCGAAAAAGAACCAAGAUCACCGGAAAACCGCCAAAAAAAAAAUCAAAAAAGAACCAAGAUCAUUGGAAGAACCUCAAGAGAAUUCAACGAAAGCACCAAGAACCGCAAGAAGAGCUAGAAAAAAAAUCAAAAACACCAAGAAUCGCCGGAAGAAAAAAGAAUCCAGAGAAAGCUUAACCAAGAACCGCCGGAAGAGCUCAAAAAAUCCAAAAAUACCAAGAUUCGCCGGAAGAUCUACAAAUCGACGAAAAACUUCUAAAGAAUCCGGAAGAAUUUCAAAAGUCAGAAAGAAUCAUUGGAAGAAUCUCAAAACCAGAAAACCAUCAAAAAACGAAGAAGACUUUCCAGAAGAGCCGCAAAAGUAG